AUGCGGCGAUUGGACGAGAAAUUUCAGUCAUUCACAUUAGCCCAUGAGGAGAUGUGGCAGUCGCAACGUCUCGAGUUGGCCGAGUUGCUGAGGGAGCACUUCGCGCCGUGCCGGUCAAGUGACAGCUAUACGCUCCAAGAUCUCCAAGGUCCGGGCGAGGGAGAGAUCAGCCCAGCUGUGCGUGCUCCGCAUAUGUCUCCGCUUCCGGAGCCCUGGAAAGAAGGCCCCAGGCUGGAGAAUGUCGCGUUUGUGCGACCCACGUCGGAGAUCGAGGACGAGUUGCAGCCCAGCAUCAGCUCACAGGCCUUGCCCGUUGCGUCGAAGGUCAGCGACACGCUGAGCGACGCGGAGGAGCAGAGCCAAGCCGGAAGCAGUGGAGGCUCCAAGCCCAAACGUCACUCCAUUGUAGAGUCCAUUGUGGACGACUUCCACUCGGUGGAGGAAGCAGUGGUGGACUAUGGCCGGAAACUGUUGCAGUCGGAUAACUUCAGUUUUCGCUCGUUGGACCUGGCGGUUGGAAUCCUGAUCGCCAUCAACACCGUUGUGAUGAUGAUCCGAAACGAAUACCUGGGCUACGAGGUGGGGGUGGCCCUGGGAGCCAUGGACAGCAACCCCUUGACCUCCCUGGAUUGGACCUUGGAUGCCCUCGAGCGAGGCUUCGCUGUGUUGUUCCUGGUGGAGUUGUUGGUUCGAGUUGCGAUUCAGAGAUGCGCAUACUUCAGAUCCUGUUGGAACUGGUUUGAUGUCAUUUUGGUGGUUGUCAGCAUGUUCGAUCUCUUUUUGCUGGACAUGCUGGAAUUGGAAGUGAAGAUCAACGUCAACGUGACCAUGAUGCGUCUCGCGCGCACCGUAAAACUGGCGCGGGCCUUUCGCAUCAUGCGCACCUUGCGCCUCUUCGAAGGUCUUCGCGUCUUGGUGCACUCCGUCUCGGCCUUUCUGCCGUCGCUCAUGUGGGCCAUGAUCUUCUUGGGUCUUUUCAUCAUCACCGGCGGCAUCCUCCUGGGUGGCCUGCUGCAGAGCUACACCAGCGACCCCACGGUGGACCCGGAGCGCAGGUUUUGGGUCUGGAGGCACUACGGUACAGCGAGCAGGGCCAUAUACACAAUGUUCGAAAUCACUUUUGCUGGAUCCUGGCCGAUGUAUGCCAGACCGGUGAUCGAGGAGGUUGGUGUGGGCUAUUGUGUUUUCUUCGUGGCCUAUAUCGUGUUUGUGGUCUUUGCAGUGAUACGUGUGAUAUCCGCCAUCUUCCUCAAGGAAACCUUGGAUGCAGCUCAAAACGAUGCGCAACUCGUGGUGAGGGAGAAGGCGAAAGCGAGUCAAGAAUAUGUGAGGCGGCUGAAUAAGGUGUUCCAAACGAUGGAUCUCUCACAGGAUGGUGUGGUGAGUAAGGAGGAGUUCCUACAACUCUGUCAAGAUCCCACCAUCAAAAGCUAUAUGACCUCCUUGGAUGUUGACGUGGCGGAUGGUUCGCACCUCUUCAAGUUGCUUGAUGAUGGUGACGGAAACUUGACACACGAGGAGUUCAUCAGCGGUAUGAUGCGAUUCAAAGGAGCUGCAAAAGCCAUUGACGUGAUCUAUUUGCAGCGGGAAGUCGAAUGGCUGCAACAAGAGUUGCUUCGCUUGACCGACAAACUCAUUGGCCCAAACUUCAAUGACAAGAGGAGUCGGAGGAGAUCGCAUUGCAUCGUGACCAAAAAGGAAUCUGAAAUGCUCUCAACGAAGAAAAUCGUUGACGUCCCGGCGCCAGAUCUGCCACACGAAUAUCUGAACAAAGCGCUAAAGAGCUGA